GGGACACUGGAGACUCUGGGGUCUGGCUGCUUCGUCCUCCGCCGUGUGGCACGCCUGGAAAAAACCUUCCCCGCAAAGUCCGCAACCUCUCUCAGACCGCACCUGUCAGCGCAGAUCCGUGGGCUUUUGUGCGGUUCCCUCGAUAGUUGCCAGCCUGUGAGACGCUCGUCUGAAGCAGCGCGUGGGAGGGCUCCUUGCUGCCGGUUUGCCCCUCUCUCCCUCUCCCCCCAUCGCCGCCAUGUCGCACAGGAAGGAGAUGGAGAAGUACCGGGACGUGGACGAGGAUGAGCUGCUGAAGAAGCUCUCCGAGGAGGAGCUGCGCAUGCUGGAGGACGAGCUGGAGGAGCUGGACCCCAACAACGAGCUGCUGCCAGCGGGCCUCAGGCAGAAGGACCAGACGAAGAAGGCCCCGACCGGAACCUUCCAGAGGGACAACCUGCUGGCCCACCUGGAGAAACAGGCCCAGGAGCACCCCGACAAGGAGGACCUGGUGCCCUUCACCGGAGAGAAGAGAGGGAAGGCCUGGGUGCCUAAGAAGGUGGUGGUGGACCCCAUCCUGGAGUCUGUGUCUCUGGAGCCAGAGCUGGAGGAAGCCCUGGCCAACGCAUCCGACGCAGAGCUGUGUGACAUCGCAGCCAUCUUGGGGAUGCACACCCUGAUGAGUAACCAGCAGUACUACGAGGCCCUGGCCAGCAGCACCAUUGUCAACAAGCAGGGCUUAAACAGCGUGAUCCAGUGCACGCAGUACAAGCCUGUCCCGGACGAGGAGCCCAACUCCACCGACGUGCAGGACACCCUGGAGAAGAUCCGCAGCAACGACCCCGACCUGGUGGAGGUGAACCUCAACAACAUCCGGAACAUUCCCGUGCCCACGCUGAAGGCCUACGCCGAGGCCCUGAAGGAGAACAGCGUGGUGGAGAGGCUGAGCAUUGUGGGAACCCGGAGUAACGACCCCGUGGCCUACGCCCUGGCUGAGAUGCUGCAGGUGAACGCCACCCUCAAGUCUCUGAAUGUGGAGUCAAACUUCAUCACCGGGGCUGGAAUCGUGUCACUGGUGGACGCUCUGCAGUCAAACACCACCCUUCAGGAGCUCAAGAUCGACAACCAGAGCCAGCCACUGGGGAAUAAGGUGGAGAUGGAGAUCGCCAGUAUGCUGGAGAAAAACAGCACGCUGCUGAAGUUCGGAUACCACUUCACCCAGCAAGGCCCACGCCUCAGAGGGUCCAACGCCAUGAUGAGCAACAACGACCUGGCUCGUGUGGUUCGUUCCGACUCAGACGGCUCCUUCACCCUCACCCUGUCCGUCCCAGAGCUGGAGAAGGCUUUUCGCAAAAAAUUCAAAACGAAGUCCAAUGCGAAAGAGACGGCUUGAGGGGGGGCCCAUCUUCCCCAAGUGUCGGACGAGCGUGUAGCACCCCCGCGCGGGAGGGGCCUGCUGGGGCAGCCGCCCCGGCCCCGCCCCGCCCCGCCCCCCUGCCCCCGCCCCGCCCCCGGGGGUGCGCCUGUCAGUCAGAACAUGGGGCGGAGUCUCGAGCUGUCCCACAGUGCUCCUGUGUGUGUGUAUACUCUGACAUGUUUUAUUUUUAUAUGGGUUAGCUAGUACGUCAUCAUCAUCAUCAUCAUCAUCAUCAUCAUCUGUGAAACGAGACCUGCUCAGUGUGCAGUGAUCUAAUGCCCAAGUGUGGUUUCUCCAGGCAGUGUGGUCUCUCCGGGGCAGUGUGGUCUCUCCGGGGCAGUGUGGUUUCUCUGGGGCAGUAUAGUAUAGUAAUAGCAUUGCGCUAAUGGAGUAGCAUCGCAACACUAUCACAGAGAUUCUGAGAGAGCGCUUUGUUGCUAACAAGGCUUAUUUUAUGUGGUGCAUUUGCCCAUUUGUCAGAGGUUAAGCUUUUUCCUGUACGUUUCUUGUAGUACGCUAAUAAUAACAUUACCAUGUGCUAAUGUGGUUAAUAAUUACAUUACCAUAUGCUAAUGUGGUUAAUAAUAACAUUACCAUGUGCUAAUGUGGUUAAUAAUAACUUUACCAUGUGCUAAUGUGGUGAAUUAUAACAUUACCAUGUGCUAAUGUGGUUAAUAAUGACAUGACCAUGUGCUAAUGUGGUUAAUCACAUCACCGUUUGCUAAUGUGGUUAGUAAUAACUUCAUCAUGUGCUAAUGUGGUUAGUAAUAACUUCAUCAUGUGCUAAUGUGGUUAGUAAUAACUUUAUCAUGUGGUUAAUAAUAACAGGACCAUGUGCUAAUGUGGUUAAUCACAUCACCAUGUGCUAAUGUGGUUAGUAAUAACUUCAUCAUGUGCUAAUGUGGUUAGUAAUAACAUCACCAUGUGCUAAUGUGGUCAAUAAUAACAUCGCCCUCUGCUAAUGUGGUUAAUAAUAACAUUACCAUGUGCUAAUGUCGUUAAUAAUAACAUGACCAUGUCUAUUUCAUGUGAAGGUGGUCAAUAACAUUUUCAUCAUUUCCAGCUGCUAGAGUAAAGGUUGAAGGUUAGAGUAACCUGUGCUCAGUGAAUGCCUGCUCCACAAUGGUGUCAUACUUAUUUAUGUAUUUAUUUUGGGUCUGAUACAUGACAGGUUAGCUUGUGUUACAGUUCAUGACUUAAUGUGUGCUUUAGUGAUACCAGCCAUGCUUUACAGUGCUGUGCUAAGUGUCACUGAGAAGGUUGCAGGAACUUCAUAAUUCUGCUUCGGUUUUACAUAGACGGUGUCGUAGUAUCUCUCGGCUUUCGCGGUCUGGUCUGGUCUCUGACUCUCAGAGAACAGACUGUCAAAGAGCAGCCCGGCGUUGUGCCGAGCCUGUGUAUUUAGCCAUUCAGUAGCAGGCCCAGGACCCGGGAAAUGUGUGGAAGAAGGGGACUAGAGUACUGCCCCUGAACAUGAAUUCUAAAAAUAUACUGCCCCCCCUCACUGCAGCCCAGCUAGAUACAUUAGGUCAUGUAUAUUUUGUUUAGUGCACUUUAUUUAUUGCUUCUUGAUUAAAACAAAGUUUGAAACUA